CUCGACGAGUCCUCGCUUCCCCUCUCCAGAUCAGACACAUGCUUCUCCAUUCUAUCCAUAUUACCCCCCACCAUCAUCACAGGCUGCUGGUCCAUCCACUGGUCCUCACCCUCCUUACCCUUACCCAUAUUACUACCCCUAUCCGGUGCAGCAUGAACAGGGUGGACCAUCACGACCACCAGAGGUUGGCGCUACCGAUCCUGCAACAGCAACAGAUAAGCGUCAAUACAUCGAGCCUGACGGCGAUAAGUAAGUUCAAUUUAAGUUAUUCAGUUGUUUUUAUUUUGAUAUAUUACAUGUUAUUGAUAAACAAAGUCACUUGCAGCUUCAAUCCUUCAAGGCCACCUAUACAUAUGAUCCGGGAUAUAAUAAAGAAUAAGUAUGAUGCUCCUUACUUAUCCUGGAAGAAGAUCCCAAAGCCUGUUAGAGAUAUGUGGUUUGGAGAAUUUCAGAAAGAAUUUAGGUGGUUGCCUGAGUACAGCACGAGGAUCAGAUCUAAUUUUGAGAGGAGAGGAGCGACCCGUCUCAGAGACAUGUUCACGGACAUUAGAAAGUCCGGGCAGAGGCCUAAUUGGAUUGGAGAGGGCGUUUGGGCAGAUUUGAGUAGUGCUUGGGCUACCCCGGAGUUUAUAAAAAUGAGAGAGCAGAAUAAACAGAACAGAGCCUCUGACUGCGGCGGUUUAGGAAGCUCUCUUCAUACUGGUGGAUCUGUACCUCAUACAGAACAUAGGCGGCGACUGAAAGCGCACCUGGGUCGGGAGCCAACACCAUUGGAGCUGCAUACAAGAACUCAUCAACAUCAAGCUGACCAGAAGUGGGUUGAUGAGAAAUCUAAGAAGGCUCAUGUGAGUAAAAUUUUUUGGAUUUUUAGAAUAAAAAUUUAUUUUAAUAAAACUAUUUGUAACUUGCAGGAUGAUUUCUUACGAGUUAGAGAAAGUAGGCAGUCCACUGGCGAGGGAUCAUCUUCUGGAUCGGCCCAUACUUCUGAGUAUCAGACAUGGUCAGAAGUUGUUGGUGGAAGACAGAGGGGGAGGGUAUAUGGCAUGGGUUCACAAGCUUUUGCUAUUGAGGGCAGUUCAUACACCUCUGCAUUCCAUGAUCCAAGUGGAGCUGAAGAAUCUGUAAGUGAGAGGGUUGCAGCACUUACUAGAGAGAUUGAAGAGAUGAAAAGGGUUCAAGCUAGAGAGAAUGAAGAAAUGAGGAAGGCUCAGAAUGAAAUGCAAGCAGAGUUGCAAUCCUACAGAGCUGGAAAACAAAGGAAGAAGGACCAACAGGAGCAGCCAUCUGCAGACAGUGAGGAUACCGAUGAUGAUUAGAUGUUUAUUAUGUUUGAUGAAUGUAUUAAUUAGAACUUGUAAACUUCUGAACUGGUGAUUGUAGCAUUAUCAUGAACUAUCUUGUGAAUUUGUGAUUGUAAUGUUGUGAUGAAUUUUGUAUUUUCUGGUUGUGAUGAAUAUAGCGGCGUGUUGCCCAACAUAUAUAUGCUUUUUCUGCAGGUUUAGACUUUAGGGUGAACCUCCCUCAAAUAGAGGGGAUGCUGUCAAUUUUUUUUUUCAGGUGCUACAGGUUUCCGGCGGCUAACCGGCGGUUUGGCCGCCGGAAACUACGAUACCGGACGGGUAAGAUAUAGCCGCCGGUGUUAUUAUUAAACCGCCGGUGAAUACCGGCGGCUUACCGACGGUCACCGGCGGUUCUACGAUGGACGCACGACGGUUUAAACCGUCGGUAAUACCGACGGCUAUAACCGCCGUCAACCGCCGGUAAGUUACCGGCGGUCUAACGGCGCCGUCCGGCGGUCUAAUGAACCAGACGACGCCAGGUUUAACCGCCGGAAAA